CUGAUGCUAUCAGCCUGAUGAAGCGUACACAGUCAACCAUGAAAAGUGAGGGUCAGAUACGUCUUCACAAAAUCACAUCUAACAAACUAGCUGUAAUGGAAGCCUUUGAUGUCAGUGAUCAUGGAGAACUACUUAGAGACAUAGAAAGUGAUGACACAAUUCACAGAUCCCUAGGACUUUGUUGGAGUUUGAAAAAUGAUACUUUUGUGUUUAUGGUGCCUACUGAUGAGAAACCGUUUACUCGUCGUGGUCUACUUUCGACCGUUAAUAGCUUAUUUGACCCAAUAGGUUUCAUAUCACCAAUCACAAUAAGCGGUAAAAUUCUUCUACGAGAAUGUACACCUGAAGGAGUCGACUGGGAUGAACCUCUACCUGAAAACAAUAUUCUCAAGUGGAAAGAGUGGCAGUCGUCUCUUCGAUGUUUAAGUGAUAUCGCCAUUCCUCGUAUGAUGUCUCACACCUCUGUCAGCCUAGCCCAGACGUCAGAAGUACACAUAUUCUCAGAUGCUUCUGAAAAGGCGAUAGCAGCAUCAGCAUAUCUCAGAACUGUGAGUGACGGCCUAACCAGCGUUCGAUUUAUCAUGGGAAGAAGCAAGUUAGCACCCCUUAAAGGCCAUACCAUACCUCGUCUGGAAUUGUGUGGUGCUGUCCUGGCAACAGAACUUGCUGAGAUCAUAUCUGUACAACUUGAUAUCCCAUUGGAAUUCAUGAGAUACUACACAGAUAGCAGAGUUGUUUUAGGUUACAUUAGCAACAGGACUCGUAGGUUUUAUACCUAUGUAAGCAACCGUGUUGACCAUAUAUUACGAACAUCUUCUGCCAACCAAUGGAACUUUAUCUCCAGCGAGAAAAAUCCUGCAGAUUCCUGUACUAAAUGCAUUACUAAUGUUACCAACAUUAUGCAGCUACCCUGGAUUAUUGGUCCACAAUGGUUAAGUGAUAUCACUGAAAUGGAACCCACACAGUUUCCACUAGUAGAACCAGAUAAUGAUCGAGAAAUUCGACCAACUGAUAGACCUGUCACCUGUGUACAAACUGAUGUUACUAUUACGACAUCUAACCUCAUCACCAAGAAAUUUGAUCAUUUUGGUGAUUGGAGAAAACUCAUCAUGGGUAUUGCCUAUCUCAACCAAUUUUGUCACAAGUUUAAAGCUCGUCAUGACAAGAAUCUUAUGCUACCUAUCCAUUGUGAUGAAAUACAUGAAGCAGAUAUAUUUGUCUUGAAACAGACUCAACAAGAAAAUUUCUACAAGGAAAUUAACAGUUUAAAGGCAGGACGACCUUUGGCCAAGGACAGUUGUAUUGCAACACUUUCGCCAUUCUUGGAUGAAAACCAACUUUUGCGUGUUGGUGGAAGAAUAAACAAAGCUGCUGGAAACCUCUCUUCAAAGGAAAUUAAUCCAAUUAUUCUUCCGAAGCGCAACCACAUCUCUAUCCUUUUGAUACGUCAUUUUCAUGAGGGAGUAAAGGAUCAAGGGAGGUUAUUCACAGAAUGUGCACUUCGCACAGCUGGAUUUUGGAUCCUUGGAGGCAAACGUAUGAUAUCAUCCAUUAUACAUAACUGCGUAACUUGUCGAAAACUUCGUCGCAACCUUGAAACACAGAUGAUGGCAGAUGUCCCAGAGGACAGGAUAACACCAGGCCCACCUUUCACAUCGGUUGGAGUAGAUGUAUUUGGACCAUGGGAAGUUUCUACUCACAGAACUAGAGGAGGAGCAGCAAACGAUGGGGACUGAUGUUUACAUGUCUUACAUCUAGAGCAGCUCACAUUGAAGUUAUUGAAGAGAUGUCGAGCUCCUCAUUUAUAAAUGCGCUGCGUAGAUUUCUGUCACUUCGUGGUCCUGUGAAAAUAAUACGAUCUGAGCGCGGCAUCAAUUUCAUUGGAGCUGCUGGGGAAAUGAAGGUGAACACCAUUAAAGUGGAAGAAGGACCAAUUCAACAGUUCCUAGACAAAUCUUGCAUCACCUGGAUUUUCAAUGUACCACAUUCCUCCCAUAUGGGUGGAGUCUGGGAGCGAGUUAUUGGAAUGACAAGGAAAAUCCUCAACUCGAUGCUCUUAGAAUCCUGUGGAAAACUUCUAACACACGAGACCCUAGCAACGUUCUUAUGUGAAGUUUGUGCCAUCAUAAACUCUCGUCCUAUCGCACCAAUAUCUUCAGAUCCAGAUGAACCGAUGGUUUUUACUCCAUCUAUGAUUCUCACUGGAAAAGUUGAUUUCCUUCCAGUUGUGUCCGAUUCACUUAGUCAACAAGAUGUUUUUCGAGCACAGUGGAAACGCGUACAAGUACUAGCAAACAUUUUUUGGAAUCAGUGGCGUAAACAGUAUCUUGCUAUUCUACAGAGCAGACGCAAGUGGAAAUGCAGAACAAGAAACAUUAAAAUAAACGAUGUGGUACUGUUAAAAGAUUCUGCUGAAAACCGAAUCAACUGGCCAAUGGGUAUUAUCGAUCGUGUAUUUCCGAGUGAUGACGGAAUGGUGAGAAAGGUUGUUGUGCGAACAAUUCGAGCCUGCAAACCAACAUUCUACAUCAGACCCAUUCAUGAACUUGUGUUGUUGAUUGACAGUGAACAGUGACUUAUGGACUUUGAGUGAUCAAUGGACUAUGAUGUGUAUUUUUCUGAUACUUAUAUGCUUAAUAUACCAAGUGACAAUCUACAUGUAUUAUUUAUCAGUUUUUCAUCAUUUGUCGUUAUUUGUAUCCAACAUUGUGGUAUUGAGUGGCAUCUUAUAGAUGCCAGGCGGGGAGUGUGAUGGAACCUAGAGUUAUCUUUCUUUGCCCUUGUUAUUUUCAUUUUGAUAAUUCAGAGUUCUCUCUCCUUUGCGGAACUCUUCAUUUUUAAGUCAUGUUUACAGCGCGCGGUGCCCCAUCGCAUGCUACAAACACCAGUAGACUUUCUCAUGUUUCCAUCCCUGUCCCCUCAAAUUGUGACAUUUCUUGCAGCAAUAUCUUAAGGACCUUGACGGCGCUCGAGUUAUGAUGCAGAAAAGUAUGCUCAGCACCCGGUUUUGUCACAAACCCUUCAAGAAGGUGUCGUAUUUACUGAUCAUGAAGACACUUUUUUUUUUCGCUUUUGCUGACCGAAGAAUCAUCAGCUCAUUUUGAUGAAUGUAGAGAUCGUUGUUCUGCUGUAUAUAAAGAGGCAGAAUUGACCUGCAAUGACUUUCGUUGGUCAUCUAUGAUUCACAUUCUUGCCCUAAGCAAUGUUCUGCUUUCCAUUGAGUCUGUCUAUCCAACUGUAAAUCAUGGUAUACGCCCACUAUUUCACAGAAAAAUCAUUCCUUUCCUAUCGCCAGACUUUAAGAAUAACCUGGAUACUAGUAUAGGAAUAUUACGGUCAAGAAAUGGAACUCUUGAUAAUUGGACACGAUUUUCUUAUGAGCCAAACCAUUUUGUUCUGUUGUUACCGGGCCAAUCUAAGCCUCAGCGCACGUUUAUCAGAAUCAAUGACCCUGCAGACACGCUCUCAGAAUCCCCACCAUUUGUUUCCAUGGAAGUUGACGAAGAGAAAUUAUCUUAUGAGUUUGAUAAAAUAUAAAAAAAAUAAAAUUGGAUCAUGUAAAACCUCACGAAAUGAAGAGUUGUCAGUUAUGUGUGCCAGUGGAAUGACAGAAUCGACAUCAACAAACAGUCCAUUAGAAAUAGAAAAGAACAGUACUACUUCAAGGAAGUAGAGCUCUUCAGAUAGUAUUCACACAUCACCUGCUGUUCUUGGUGUCGGAGAGCUUCUACACCAGGUCGAGUAUUGACUUAUCAAGAAAGGUAUGCUCGCCUGAAAGACCACUUUGUUCCAGAUCAAAACUAUGCACAUUUAUCAACUCAAACCCUGACAAAGGAUAAAAAGAAACAGACUUACACUUAAAUUUCAGACCUCUUGGUUUCGAAAACAUUCAUGGUUAGUCUUUAAGGAGGUCUGUGUAAAUUUUGUGUAUUAUUUCCAUCGGCGACAGAUCGCGUGAAAAAUGCUGUUUUCGUAAACCGAGCUUUUCAUAAAUUCUCAAAAGCAACUGGAAAGGACGGAGCCCUUGAAACGCAUGAAAGCUGUAGCUACCAUAAAGAGGUAGUUGUACGUGGAGCUACUUUUGCUGAGAACUAUGCAGAUUCAUCGAAAAGUAUUCAAUACAAAAUUCUUGAAACUAAUAAAAAAAACUCUUAAGAAAAUAGACAUAUACUUGGAGUCAUCAUGAAAACCAUUCACUUGUGUGGAAAAUAAGCUCUUGCAUUGCGAGGGUAUCGAGACGAUUAUACUAGCGACUCAAAAUAAAGGCAAUCUGAUGGCAAUGCUCUCCCUAAUCGCAGAAAACGAUGACAUUCUAAGAAAACACUCUCUGCCUCGAGGAAAAAUGCAAAGUACACAUUCAAAACUAUUCAAAAUGAGAUUAUUCAGAUGAUAGGGGAUUUCAUCCGUGACAACGUUUUGCAAAGUAUACGCGAAAAUGACUCUGUGUUUAGUUUGAUUGCAGACGAAGUUACAGAUAUUUCAAAUAAAGUUCUUUCCCUCUGUCUUA